AUGCCGAGUUUGAACGAGGUCCUUCAGACGUUGGUGGAGAACUACUCGGCUUGUGAUAUUCAACAUGUCCCUGAGGGCGGAACAGCGCGAGCGGGAUACUUGGCUGAUCUGGGUGCUUUCUCUCCCCCCCCUCUCUUUGUUUCUCUCAAGAAAACACACCACUCAUAUAGAUACCAUUCAGUCCCCUUCUCCCCGUUAGUCGGCCGCAACACAACAGUCCCCAAGAUCGCUGCGCCAGCAACAACCUUCAAGUUCGUCGCAAAGGCCUCAACCGUCCCCCCGUUAACAAUCGCAACAAACGAAAACCACGGCUUCCCGCCAGGAAAGCACUGGGUCGACUAUGCAGGCGACUACGAAGCAGCCCAUUCACCGGGAUCAGGCUCCAUCAUAGUCAUCGAGCAGCCCGAGGGCCAGCACUGUGCCGUCACCGGUGGGAUCAUGGCGACGCGGAUGAAGGUGCUUGGGAUCAAGGCUGCCGUUGUUGGGGGAAGGGUGAGAGAUUUGAAAGAGUUGUCAGGGACGGGGUUGCCGGUCUGGGCUCGUGGUACUUCGACUGUUGGCACGAAUGCAGAGGCCAAGCCUGCUGCUCGCAAUGUGCCUGUUUCCAUUGGAGGUGUCACUGUUUCUCCGGGAGAUAUUGUCUUUUGUGACCCCUUGGAAGGCGUCGUUGUUAUUCCCCGCGAGCUGCUUGGUCCGGUCAUGGAGAUUAUGCCGAGGCUGACUCGCAUGGAUGACAAGGCCAGGGAGGCCGUUGCGCAGGGAAUGAGUGUUACCGAAGCCUUCACGACUUUCCGGUCACCAUUAUAG